AUGGGAGACUUCAAUUUUGGUAGUGCUGAAGCUGCAACGGAGGUUUUGGACUUGUACAGCUUUUAUAAAGUAGUAACUGCACGAGGAGGAUUUGAACAGGUUAUAAAAGAGAAAAAAUGGGAUGAAGUUGCACAUGCUUUGAACCUGGCAUGCAAUGGUCCAGAUCUAUCGUUCGCACUCCAAAAGAACUAUGCGGACCUGCUUUAUCCCUUUGAGCAAGUUUUCUCUUUCCAUAUUCUGCAUCCACCACCUGGAAUUCUUCCAGCUCUGGUCACUCUUAAAAACUCAUCAACCCAGCGCAACAACCAGGAUUCUUCGUCACGGAAAGGAAAGCGCACAAGAAAUCCUAACUUACUGCCUGACGGCACGAAAAAGAAAGGUUCUCUUGUUGGGAAGACUCUGAGUGGGUCGAUCAGAACCGAGUUUCAUGGUGGUUAUCUCGUUACAGUCGAACUUGGGUCUGAGUUGCUGAAUGGCUUGCUUUGUCAUGAACCAGGAAGCGGAGAGAAGCCGUCCGCCGGCGGCGGAGGCGGGGGCGCCAAACUCGAUGGCCACGCUGGUCGGGGAAAGAGAAGUGAGUCGGUGGGAAUGGAGCUCUCCCAUGUGAAGGCUUCCAGGAAGAGGGAAAGAAGAGACGGUAAAAGGGACCGAGACGCGCCGCUGGGAGUUCGUACGGCGUACCACUUCUUUUACGCAGUGCAGAGUGAGCGUCUGAAGAAGAAGAAGGGGGAAGGAUCGAGUGGAGGGACACGGAAGCUGGUGACAGAAGCGUGGAAAUCUCUCUCUCAAAUUGAUAAGAUGCCAUAUAUAGAGAUGAGUCUUCAGGACAAGGCACGGCAUCGUCGAGAAAUGCAAGCAUAUGAAGAGCACCAGAAGGAAUUACAGGCAGGUAAAAUGCACCACAAAGACGAAAACAAGAGCAACAUGAACGGCGUUGGCAUCGAUCCGGUGGACGAGCAAUCAGAACAGGCCAAGCUUCAUCCUUAUUACCUGCAAGAAGAUGAUGACUGCUACCGCGUAUCACUGGAUAUGGAGGCAGAAGCCGGAGGCGCUGCCGGAGUUCCGGCUGAUGUCCAGGCUUUCGUCGAUGAUAUUUUUUUCUCAGGCUGUUUGAUGGAUGACUCUGAGCUGUUGGCUCACGUGGGCAGUGCAUGGGGUGCAGGCAACGCAACAUGA